AGUUUCUCAUUGCAGGGUGAGAGCUCUGAGUUCCGGUGUAAGAGAAAAGAGACGUGGCGAAAUUGCUGUAUAUCUCUGCCCUAUAAGCACAUCUCUCAUUUAAACUGAAGGGAAACAAGGCAUCAAAAAGGCUGCGCAAACCAUGCAGGAUGAUUUACUGAUGGACAAAAGCAAAGCCCAGCCCCAGCAGCAGCGGCAGCAGCAGCAGCAAGAUCCAAACUCAGCUGAAGCCCCCUCUACGCCCAUCUCGUCGGAGACACCCAAACCAGAAGACAGCAGCCCAGUGACUAGUAUCGGCACAGCAGCUCCUGCCCAAAAUAGCAAGGAGAAGAUGCAGAUGGAGUCCCCCAUUUUGCCUGGCUUGAGCUUUCACCAGCCUCAGCAAGAACCUGCAGCCGGCACCUCCUUGUCUCCCUCCUUCGGCAGCACCUGGUCUACAGGGACCACAAACACGGUGGAUGAUAGCUUUUUCCAAGGGAUUACUCCAGUCAAUGGGACAAUGCUUUUCCAGAAUUUUCCACACCACGUCAAUCCUGUGUUUGGUGGCACUUUCUCGCCUCAAAUUGGCCUAGCUCAGACUCAGCACCACCAACAUCAGCAGCAGCAGCAGCAAGCUCAGCAGCAGCAGCAGCGGAGGUCACCUGUGAGCCCUAAUCAGGCACCUUUUGCCCAGAGAAAUGCUGCUUACAGCCAUCAGCCCAUCAUGACCAGCAAGCCGUCUUCCUCCUCUGCCUCCUCUUCUUCCUCCUCCAGCUGGAAUAACCAUCAAAAUGCGGCUUGGAGUACACCCUCCAACCCCUGGGGUGGGCUGCAGGCUGGUAGGGACCCUCGCAGGGCAGUUGGAGUGGGGGUUGGCGUGGGCGUGGGGGUCGGCGUACCCUCCCCGCUCAAUCCCAUUUCACCCCUUAAAAAACCCUUCUCCAGCAAUGUCAUUGCCCCUCCGAAGUUCCCACGGGCUGCACCCUUAACUCCCAAAUCCUGGAUGGAAGACAACGCUUUCAGGACGGAUAAUGGCAACAAUCUGUUGCCUUUUCAGGUAAAUGACUGCAUGCACCUUCUAUAUGGUGACAGCUGUCACAGUUAUAUUUACUGCAGGGGGUUAUUUCAUGAUACUCUUCCACUUGAGAGGCAUCUUCAUAACUUAUAUCUGCACUAA